AAAAUGAAAAAAGUGAGUGAACAGAUUUUAUUUUAUUCCAACGAUUCUCUUCUCCAAAAUAGGGCCCGAUGAUAAGAGGACCACCACAAAUCGUCCAGAAAUGUACCACCGGCAUUGUAACUGUUAACCGGACCAAUAUAGUUCAACGAACUCACCGUCACGAUCUCCGGCAGCUUAGCCGGCGUGAUAGUCUAAGGCUCUUCUCCUCUGACCACCGGAUUCUGAAGUUUUGUACAUCGGAGGAGGCGCUCCUACCUAGGUUGGUGGCAGCAGCUAAGCUUCAGGAAGAAGCUCCUCAAAUGCUGGACACUUUACCUUCAUUCGAAGUUUCCCCUGGUCUGACUCAUCCACUAGGAGUAUCAGAAAUUGAAAGUGGAAUAAAUUUUGCAAUUUUUUCGCAGCAUGCUUCUGCAGUUACACUUUGCAUAAUUCUUCCAAAGAGUGUUCAUGAUGGAAUGAUUGAAUUAGCAUUGGAUCCACAGAAGAACCGCACCGGAGACAUAUGGCACAUAUGCAUUAAGGAGUUGCCCCGAGGUGGGGUCCUUUAUGGUUAUCGCAUUGAUGGACCUCGAAAUUGGCAUGAAGGGCAUCGAUUUGACGAUAGCAUUAUUUUGAUUGAUCCUUACGCAAAACUAAUUGAAGGUCGACGAGCUUUUGGAGAUGAAAGCAAUAAAAUGUGUAGAUUUUUUGGAACUUAUGAUUUCAAUAGCUUGCCUUUUGACUGGGGAGAAAAUUACAAGCUUCCAAAUGUACCGGAGAAAGAUCUUGUUAUAUAUGAGAUGAAUGUUCGUGCUUUUACUGCUGAUGAAACAAGUAGUUUGGAUCAAGAUCAACGGGGAAGUUACCUUGGCUUAAUUGAAAAGAUACCACAUCUUCUCGAGCUUGGUGUCAAUACAGUAGAAUUAUUGCCUGUUUUUGAGUUUGAUGAACUGGAAUUACAAAGGCGACCUAAUCCGAGAGAUCACAUGAUCAAUACAUGGGGCUACUCAACAAUAAACUUUUUUGCUCCAAUGAGUCGAUAUGCAAGUUGUGGUGGCGGACCUGUCCGUGCUUCCUGGGAGUUAAAAGAAAUGGUCAAGGCCUUGCAUGGUGCUGGAAUUGAGGUCAUCUUAGAUGUUGUUUAUAAUCACACAAAUGAAGCUGAUGAUGAAAACCCAUAUACAACCUCAUUCCGAGGAAUAGACAACAAGGUUUAUUACAUGGUAGAUUUGAACAACAAUGCUCAGCUGCUGAAUUUCUCUGGAUGUGGUAAUACUUUUAACUGCAACCAUCCUACCGUCAUGGAACUUAUACUUGAAAGCUUAAGACACUGGGUCACCGAGUAUCAUGUCGAUGGAUUUCGCUUUGAUCUUGCUAGUGUUCUUUGCAGAGGGACAGAUGGUACUCCCAUUAAUGCUCCCCCCUUGGUUAAGGCCAUUUCCAGAGAUAGUGUAUUGUCGAGGUGCAAAAUUAUUGCUGAGCCAUGGGAUUGUGGAGGCCUAUAUCUUGUUGGGAAGUUUCCGAACUGGGACCGGUGGGCUGAGUGGAACGGGAAGUACCGUGAUGACAUCAGAAGAUUUAUAAAGGGCGAUGCUGGCAUGAAAGGAAAUUUUGCAACCCGUAUCGCAGGUUCAGCAGAUCUGUACAGAGUGAACAAGCGAAAACCUUACCACAGUGUCAACUUCGUGAUUGCCCAUGAUGGCUUUACUUUGUAUGACCUUGUUUCAUACAAUAAUAAGCACAAUGAUGCGAAUGGUGAAGGUGGCAAUGAUGGAUGCAAUGACAAUUUCAGUUGGAAUUGUGGUAUUGAAGGUGAAACUUCAGAUGCAAAUGUUAACGAACUGCGUUCACGGCAAAUGAAAAAUUUUCAUUUGGCACUGAUGGUUUCUCAGGGAACACCAAUGAUGCUUAUGGGUGAUGAGUACGGGCAUACCCGCUAUGGAAAUAAUAACAGUUAUGGACAUGAUACCGCCAUCAACAAUUUCCAGUGGGGACAAUUGGAAGCAAGGAGGAAUGAUCACUUCAGGUUCUUUUCCAAGAUGAUAAAGUUUCGACUGUCCCAUAAUGUUCUAAGAAAGGAAAAUUUCAUUGAGAAGAACGACAUUACCUGGCUCGAGGACAACUGGUACAAUGAAGAGAGUAGAUUCCUUGCAUUUAUGCUCCAUGAUGGGAAUGGAGGAGAUAUUUACUUGGCAUUUAAUGCACACCACUUCUCCAUCAAAACAGCAAUACCUUCACCACCACGAAAUAGAAGUUGGUACCGAGUGGUGGACACUAAUCUGAAAUCACCAGAUGAUUUUGUUACUGAGGGAGUGUCUGGUAUCCGUGAAACUUAUGAUAUUGCGCCGUACUCUGCUAUCCUUCUUGAAGCAAAGUAAUAAUUACCGGAGUUAUGCUGCUUUGGAUGUUGUUCAUGUCUAUUACACUAUUACGUCCUUCUGGAUUGGAUAGUUAAAAUCGAAAUUCAGGUGCUAAUAUAAGCAUAUAGUUAGCAUAUAAAUGUAGUAUUUUGAGCAGAAACUUUGUGAUGACCAACCAGUUUGUUCAGGCUGCCAUUGACAGGUGCCAGGUUGUUUGAGACAGGUAAACUUGGUGCCUCAACAUCCUUUUUUUUCUAAGGAAAAAAAUAAUAUGCCAAUAGGAUAGUUUUAUUGGCAUUUUUUAUUAAUAAAGUAGAGAUCAAAACUGUAGCUUACAUCAUGUACUAGAGAGAAAUACUAUUAACUAAAGUAGAGUUCAAGCCAAAA